GUUUUAGCAGCCACAUUAUGCAAAGUUCAAAAUUAGACCCUGUGAGGAGACCCCAGAGAGUGAAAAGUUACAGCUUCUGCCCCAGAGCAUUUCCCGGGCUAACGAGGAGAUGGCUGCAGGAGCCACAUUUUCUGAUUCAAAAGUCAGACAGGCAGACUGACAAGUAUAAAUAUACCUUUGAAGUUAAGAAAUGUUUAUAAUCAGGAUGUCAAAAAAAACCCACAAACCCACGCAGCCCGCAUCAUCAACAAUUAUAUGGGACAGAUGUACCCACAGGAAAAGAAUGAAACACAUGGAAGGCCACAUAGGUCCAUGCACAUUGUCUCCUCCUGUUGCCACAAGGUUACCGAAGCCACAUCACCUAUACUCACCCCCACCCUUAGAGAGGAGCUGGGUCGGGGGAGGAAACUGGAACAACUGAUUGAACAAUUGCCAGAGUUGUCCAAGCAGAGACUGAACCUCCCCAAGAGCGUGUGAAAGUAAUUGGCCAAACUGAACUUCUUGAUGGAUUAACAUUUAUUUUCCUCUGCAUUCUCUGGAGUCUCCCAUUCUCCGGCCUUUUAAAAGCAUUUAUCCCUCCCUCUUCAAAACAUAUUGGAGGUCUAUCCCUGGCAUACACCCUCCUUCUCAGGAACAAGGAGUGUGAGGUGGAGACAGGAUGGGUUGGGACACAAGGUCCAGUUUAGUGUGUUUCCCAGCCCAGUCCCUAUUGAGCCCAAGUCCUCAUCUGCCCCUGGUAGUGGGGCUCAGCACAGACAGAAGAACUGAUGGGGUUCUGGGACCCAUCAGGUUGGCACCCCCACUGGAGAUUAUCUCCUAAGCAAGUACCCCCUUCUGAACUGGGGACGUAGGGCUUUGAAACUAGAAAAUGCCAGGUCUCAAAGAGAAGAAAGAACAAGACCAGCAACACACAGAGCUCUGUGUAUUCAGAGGGAAGUUGGCAGGGUUGUGCUGGGGCAGAGAAACUCCGAGUGGUACAAAGAGACGUGCCCAGAGUGAAGAAAUCAUGCUAAUUGUCUGCACCAGAGCUGGAGAACGCCACCCAAAAUGAAGAGAGAAAGGGGAGCCCUGUCCAGAGCCUUCAGUGCCCUACACCUCACUCCUUUUGUCUACCUUCUUCUGAUCCAGACAGAGCCCCUGCAGGGGGUGAACAUCACCAGCCAGGUGCGCCUGAUCCAUGGCACGGUGGGGAAGUCAGCACUGCUUUCCGUGCAGUACAGCAGCACCAGCAGCGACAAGCCCGUGGUGAAGUGGCAGCUAAAGCGGGACAAGCCAGUGACGGUGGUGCAGUCCAUUGGCACAGAGAUCAUUGGCACCCUGCGGCCGGACUAUCGAGACCGCAUCCGCCUCUUUGAAAAUGGCUCCCUGCUCCUCAGUGACCUGCAGCUCAGCGAUGAGGGCACCUAUGAGGUCGAGAUCUCCAUCACUGAUGACACCUUCACCGGGGAGAAGACCAUCAACCUCACAGUAGAUGUGCCCAUUUCGAGGCCACAGGUGUUAGUGGCUUCGACCACUGUGCUGGAGCUCAGUGAAGCCUUCACCCUGAACUGCUCCCAUGAGAAUGGCACCAAGCCCAGCUACACCUGGCUGAAGGAUGGCAAGCCCCUCCUCAAUGACUCGCGAAUGCUCCUGUCCUCCAACCAAAAGGUGCUCACCAUCACCCGAGUGCUCAUGGAGGACGACGACCUGUACAGUUGUGUGGUGGAGAACCCCAUCAGCCAGGGCCGCAGCCUGCCCAUCAAGGUCACCGUGUACCGAAGAAGCUCCCUGUACAUCAUCUUGUCCACAGGAGGCAUCUUCCUCCUUGUGACCUUGGUGACAGUCUGUGCCUGUUGGAAACCCUCCAAAAAGUCUAGAAAGAAGAAACUGGAGAAGCAAAACUCCCUGGAAUAUAUGGAUCAGCAUGAUGACAGCCUGAAACCAGAAGGUGAGCUCCCAGCGGCCCACUCACCCAACCCAUCCUCACUCAGAUCAGUGGGCUGCUGGGAAAAGGCAGAACUGGGCCACAAGGAAGCCAGCUCUGCAGGGCCCCUGCCUCCACCAACUGCACGAAGACUGCAGAGCAGGGAGAGGUGCGGCCAAGCAGACACCCUCCCGGGAAGCGGAGAGCAGGAGCGGAAGAGCCCCAUGGCGCUCUAUAUUCUGAAGGACAGGGUGAGCAGCUCUGGGCUGGGUGCCCUACAAGCACGGUGAGCCCCCACCAGUCCUGGUG